AUGAUGCCCGCACACACCUUUCUUGCCGCUUUCGCAGUUGACUUGGCGGUGGGCAACACUGUCAAGGGUAUGCCCAUCAAGGCAGCGACAAUUGGAAACUACCUCCGAGAUACAGCUACCCUUCUUGAAAACUUCUGUGGAAGAGAUCCCCGCUACACAAAUCAAGCUGACCAUGAUUUGGCGCUUCCCAUCCGAGCUGUACUGAAUGAAUGCAAGCGUCAUGAGAAUAUGCCCCAUCAAGUUGACCCCUAUACAAUUGAGAUGCAUGCCACUUUGGUGGCUCUGAAUGCUGCUACAAACGCACAUAUGGACGGUUUACACUGUGCUAUGGAAGAUUGGUUUAACUUGAGUACCUAUUUAGGUUUUUGCCUUCGCGAAUGGGCCCAGGAGGAUGAUUUCCGUCGCUUGGCUUCCGGUGGCGAGAUUGCCCCAAAUGGUACAAAACGCGCCUUCACUCUUGAUGACAUUCGUUUGUUCCAUUCGGGUAUUCGUCCUUUUUUGAUUGAUGCCAUGGCCCGCUCCAAUGUCAAGUUCUCUUGGCAAAAAAAUCAUGAUCACGGUGAAGAAAACUGCUUUCCAGCAAUCCCCAUAACCCUUCCCUUGAUGCUCUGCGGAGUCUCCAUAACAUCGUCAGCCGAUUCGCACGGAUUGUCGGUCUGGACAAGACCAAUAUUCCACUCGCAGUGUACAAAGGUUCCUUUGGUGAAAAGUUUUUCAUUCACAGCAAAGUCAUUGCUUCUACCCUUUGAACCUUGGCCAAGAAGAUUUACAACCUGA